GAAGGGGCGGGGCGACGGUUGCCAGAGAAGCUACUUGCUGGUUACUAGCUUCGCUUUGGUCCCAGUUCACCUAAGCGGGUGGUCUUCCACCGCAAGCCGUUCUAGGAAUUCGCCUGCUUCCGCCUCAGGUUCCUUGCCUUCCUUUCUAAGCUUUCAUCCACUGCACCGCCCCUUGCGUCCCGCUCUCCCUCCUAGCUAACCCAGAGCUAGAGAUCUCAGCCUGUGUGGAGAGGUUGUUGUGGAAGCUACCUGUAAUUCAUCUACCAGAUUUAUGGAAGAGCCUACAAAUGGUGGAAGUCAUUCAGAAGAACUGUUUUCCCAUUUUAAAAUUAGAUUGGAGAGAGAACAUGUACCACAGCACACCAGUGAAAGUCAUCUCAGCUGUGUAAAGCAGGGCAUCCUAAAUGAAAAGACUGAGUUGGAAGCAACAUUUAAGGAAGCCGAAUUAGCAGCCUUUUCUAUGGAAUUACUUUUACCAUUAUUUAAGGACACCAUUGAAGAAAUUAGUUUUGAAAAUGCUGAUCUUUCUCCAUCCAAUUUGAAGAAGAUUUUUAAACAGAAGGAAAUAUUAACAAAAGAAUUAGAUACAUUUAAACGCGUAAAACAAGCUUUAGAACAUCUUCUUAGAAAGCCAGAAUACCAACAAGUAGAUGACACAGAUUUAUCCAGCAUGUUAGAGAAGCUAACUGAUAAUGAAAGUGAAAAUACUGAUCUUAAGAAGAAGGUAGUUGAAAAGGAGGCCUAUAUCCAAGAACUUUCUUGUUUGUUUCAGAAUGAAAAGGCAAAUGCUUUGAAAGCCAACCGUUUUGCACAAUCAGUUAAAGUUGUGCAUGAACGGCUACAACUCCAAAUCCAUAAAAAGGAAGAGGAGAAUGACAAAUUAAAAGAAUAUAUAAAGAGCUUAGAGACCAGGAUAUACCAGUGGAACUUGCAAUUGAAAAAGAAUAAGCAUGAGACUGUAGCAAUGAAAGAAUUGAGUAGGCAAAAAACUAGUGCCCUGAAAAAGGCAUCUAAAGUUUACAAACAAAGGCUUGAACACUUUACAGGAGACAUUGAAAACCUUACUUCCCAGGUUCGAGAGCAGGAAGCCAAGUUGUCUGAAGCAAUUUCAGCUUCCAAUGCCUGGAAAAGUCAUUAUGAGAAAAUUGUAAUAGAAAAAACUGAAUUGGAAGUUCAGAUUGAGACAAUGAAAAAGCAAAUCAAUAAUCUUUUGGAAGACCUGAAGAAAAUGGAGGACAAUGGAAAAAAUUCAUGUGAAGAGAUUCUUAAAAAACUUCAGUCAAUUGAAUAUGAAAGUGAAAGUCUGAAUCUUGAGAAUACAAAAUUAAAGACAACACUUGCUACUUUGAAGGACGAGGUUGUUUCUGUUGAAAAGGAACUCUCAGAAUUGCAAGAAGUAGAAAAACAGCAGAAAACACUCAUUGAAGUAUAUAAAACUCAGAUACAAAAGUUGCAAGAAGCAGCUGAAAUGGUGAAAAGCAGAUGUGAAAAUUUGCUAAGUGAAAAUAACCUAAUAACAAAAAACAAAAAUAAAAAAUUAGAGAAGAUGAGAGGCCAGAUGGAGUCUCAUCUGAAGGAGUUAGAGUGCAUCCGCGAUUCCUUGACGGUGGCCGAACGGAGGCUUCAGGAGUGUCAGGAGAGGCUGCAGCACUGCAAGGGGAGAUGGGCAGACCAGGCCCACACCGUUAGGGAGCUGCAGGGCCAGUUUGAUGGAAAUCACAAUCUUCUGACAAAGCUUUCUCUGGAAGAAGAAAAUUAUCUCAUUCAAUUGAAAUGUGAAAACCUUAAACAAAAAUUAGAACAGAUGGAUGCAGAAAACAAAGAGCUUGAAAAGAAGCUGGAGAACCAAGAAGAAUGUCUUAAGCAGAGCAAUCUUCAGUUUAAAGAGAAGUCUGCAGAGUAUACAGCAUUGGCUAGACAGCUGGAAGCUGCUUUAGAAGAAGGGAGACAAAAGGUUUCUGAAGAAGUAGAGAAAAUGUCAUCUAGAGAGAGGGCUUUACAAAUUAAAAUACUAGAUCUGGAAACUGAGCUUAGAAAGAAAAUUGAAGAACAAAAUCAACUUGUUUGCAAAAUAAACAGUAAAGCACAACAUCAGGAAGUAUGUUUGAAAGAAAUACAACAUUGUCUUGAAAAGUCGGAGAAUCAAAAUGAGAGUAUUAAGAAUUACUUACAGUUUCUUAAAACUUCUUAUGUAACAAUGUUUGGAUAAAUUGUUGAAUUUAUUUUCUAUAAGCAAUAGAUUCUUACUGAGUCUAAAAAAUGAUUAGGUAAAAAUAUAUACUAUCUGUUGUUAUACUUUAUGAUUUGUGGAUGGUGGUAUUAGAAUUUUUGUGUAAAGAUUUUUGAAACAUAAUUUAGCAUCCAGUUAAAACUUAAGAUGGAUGUUAACAUGUAUUUUUUUUGCUGGAUAAUUUUCACAUAGCUCUGGAUUAAUUUCUGUUUAAGUUAUAUUGGUUUUUAGAAUAUUUUUUAUACAUACACAAAAGAAGCCAGAAUCAUUCUUUGUGUGUUUGUAGCUACCAUCCAAAUGAAUUUUUAUAAGUCUAUGCUAAUUAUGAGCCAAAUACAUGGUUUUAAAUAAUGUAUAUCGUUGUAUUGUUAUAUAUGUAUUAAUAGAAUAAAAGAAGAUAUUCUGGA